AUAAACCCCAAUUUCUCUCCCUCUCUUCUCUCCACCAUCUCUCUACACGCACACAAAACUCCUCUCCGCCCUCUUAAUUUCUCAAUCAGCAGGCACUAUCCGAUCGAACCACCGGAUUGCUUGUUUAUCGUUGUUGGUCUCCGACAAUUGUGUAGGAUAGUCCUGUUGUUACAGUCCAAAUGGCGACUUUCGAGCUUUACAGGAGAUCGACGAUUGGGAUGUGCUUGACAGAAACCUUGGAUCAAAUGGUUUCGAGCGGAGUUCUUACGCCCGAGCUCGCCAUUCAAGUGCUGAUUCAAUUUGACAAGUCAAUGACUGAAGCUCUAGAAAGUGAGGUGAAGAGCAAAGUGUCAAUCAAGGGUCAUCUUCACACCUAUCGAUUUUGUGACAAUGUUUGGACCUUCAUCUUACAAAAUGCCCAGCUCAAAAGCGAGGAAGGCCAAGAGACUGUUGAGUCUGUCAAGAUUGUCGCUUGCGAUUCUAAAUUACUUAAUCAGUAAUGUGUCUCAGAGUUGGCCCAGUGUAUUUUUCUUGUAAUAGUGGUGAAGGUGAGUUGUACACUUCCUAAUAGCUGCUGCAGCCUAAACUUAUGACCUCUACUGUAAUUUGCUCAUGCUUUCUGAUUAUGGUGAAUUAAUAUUUUGGUCUUUUUGCACUUGAGUCCCUAUGGUUUAGUUUCUUGGAAUUUUUCGAUCACAUUGUCUUCUCCGUUGUGUUCUUUUGCAGAGCAUUUGUAAUUUGAAUUUGCAGAUUUGGAUAUUUUGGGUAGCAACGAAAAACCUUAUAAUCAUUCGGUUUGAUAUGAUUAAUUUUG